AUGCCAACACCUACCUGUCCAAAGUGCAGGAAAGUUUUCACCAAGGACUCCAGUGUCACUCACCAUCUAAGUCAGCCUCGGACAUCUUGUCACAGUUCCAUUCGUGACAUCGUUGACAUCUUGGAAUUCAUGGACAUAGUUCCACCACGGCGAUCCCUCAAUCCGCCUCAGAAUUUGGAUAUCAGUGUUGAUAUGGGUCAGGGAUUUGGUGUUGGGGGUGACUCACAAUUCGAUGCUCAGGCCGAGGAUUCCAUGGAUACCAACUUAGAUGGAAGCCUCACAGGAAAUUUACCUCCAACUAAUGAGGAAUGGUAUGAGGGUGCAGCCAGGUGCUAUUCUCAGGAAGGCAUCACAUUUCUGGAUCUUUUUGACACCGACAAGCAUGCAGAAUACAGGAAGGAGAACCUGUUUUAUCCAUUCACAUCAAGGGAAGAAUGGGAGGUCGCUGACUUCCUCCUGUGUUCUGCCCUUGGCAUGGCAGCAAUCAAUACCUUUUUGCAGCUCUCUAUGGGACUGAGCUGGAAAUGCCAACACAUUCCAUCGCUUCAUGGCACAAAAAGCCCAAUUCGACUAUUUUGGAGGGACCCGGUCGAGUGUUUGGAGAGUCUUUUCAGUAAUCCCCUCUUUCAUGACCAACUUGACUUCAUCCCUCGUCGCAUUUACAAGACUGCGGCACAGCUCCUGCAUGUGUAUUCGAAAUGGUUGACAGGUGAUGCUGCUUGGAGCAUCCAGGAUCAACUGCCCCAAGGCGCAACAAUCCUUGGCACCGUGCUUUCGUCUGACAAGACCAAUGUCACAACAAUGACAGGUGCCAGGGUCACACACCCGCUUCUGCUAGGCCUUGCCAACAUUUGCAUGUGCACUCGUACAAAGCUCUCAUCCAAGGUGUUCAUGCUCACGGCUCUCCUCCCUAUCCUGCAGUACCUACACCCCAAUCAACGAAUGUGGGGGAUGCUUGAAGAUCGUCUCAUCCACAAAUGUCUUUUGAUCAUUUUGCAGCCCCUGAUGAAAGCUGCCAAACUUGGAAUUAUGAUGUCUAACCCAGUGGGAAACAUCCGCCACUGUUUUACCCCCCUUGCUGCAUACAUUGUUGAUACUCCUGAGGCAUGUAUGCUCACAUGUGUGUGCGGUAAAACUUCUCCAUUUACACUGGUGUUGUAUCUGCAGUUCGGGGACAACUUUCAUCACCCCGCACAUACACGCGCCAUCACUCUUGAUCAGCUCACCAGCGUCAAUAUUGAUCCCAAUGACCUCAAAGCUUUUUUUGCUGCAUGCGCGGAUUUCUGGCUAAAUGGUGUCUUUGCACCUUUCUGGAAGGGCUGGCGGUUUGGUGAUCCUGCAAUCUUCCUUACACUGGAAGCUCUGCAUCACUGGCAUAAGCAAUUCUAUGACCACGUCGUCCAAUGGUGUCUUGUAGUUCUUGGAGCAGUGGAAUUUGAUUUCCGGAUCUCAAUAUUGCAACCCGUCACAGGUUAUCACCACUUCUCCAAUGGAAUCUCCAAACUGAAACAGGUCACAGGCAGAGUCCACCAUGAUAUACAGUGUUAUAUUGUUGGAAUGAUUGCUGGUGCAGCCCCUUGUCAAUUUGUGGUUGCAAUUUGUGCUUUAAUGGAUGUCCGAUACUUCGCGCAGUCUCCCUCACCUGAUGACAGCGUACUGACAUCUAUCGACAGAUUGCUCGCAAUAUUUCAUGACAACAAAGAUGCCAUUAUGACACUAGGUGCUUGGAUGGGUACAAAGAGAGCCAUCAAUAAUUGGCACAUACCCAAGCUGGAGCUCAUGCAGAGCAUUACCGCUAGCAUAUCCCAAGUCGGCACCCUCAUCCAGUGGUCCACGGAUGCAACUGAACACGCACACAUCUCCGAAAUCAAGGAACCAGCGUGGUGCACGAACAACAACAAUUACGAUCCCUAG